AUGACUAAAAAAGAGCAUAAUAUUGUUGAUUUUUGGCAUAUUGGAAUUCAAUAUAGUAAAAGACAUAAACAAUUUUAUUAUGGAAAAGCUAUUUAUAUACCAAAUAAUGGGUUAUUUGGUGUUGAUUUACAUUGGGCAAAUAGAGUUGAGGCUGAUGAUUAUCAACAAAUUAGAGUGCCAAUGGAGGAUAUGUAUAUAAUACAUGCUAGAGAUUAUUCUAAAUUCCCAAUGAAUGGCUAUAUUCAUAAUGUUGACUAUUUAGAAAAGAAUUUUAACAAAUUUGUAGAGGAAUAUAAUUUAACAGAAAUUCUUUCCAAUUUACCAAAAAAAGAAGAAUUAGUUCAACAAUUUAAUGAAUGUUUAGGUUUUGAUUCACAAAAUAUGAAAGAAAUAUUAAAAAAUAUAAAAAGUAAAUGUUGGAAUUAUCAUCAUUGUGGAAUUACAGAAGUUCGGAGUAAUUGUACAAAUGUUAAAAAUCAAUGGGAAAAAAUAUUUAUGUCUGGAGAUGAACUUAAUGUGUAUAUGUUAAUUAAUAGUGAAUUUUUAAAAGAAAGUAUUUGUAGUUAUUAA